UUUUUUCCUUUUUCAAGAUGUCGGUGUAUGGCCCCGUGGUGAAAAUUCACCCUGUUGUUCUCGCCUCCAUCGGCGACUCUUACGAAAGGAGAAAUGAGGGAGCGAGUCGUGUGAUCGGAACCCUGCUUGGUACAAUUGACAAGCACUCUGUUGAGGUCACCAACUGUUUCUCCGUCCCCCACAAUGAGUCUGAAGAUGAGGUUGCUGUGGACAUGGAGUUUGCCAAGAACAUGUAUGAGCUUCAUAAGAGGGUGUCACCCAGCGAGGUCAUCGUUGGAUGGUAUGCCACUGGCUUUGAGAUCACUGAGCACUCAGUGUUGAUCCAUGAGUAUUACAGCCGAGAGGCCACAAACCCCAUUCACAUGACCAUGGACACCGCCCUGCAGAGUGGCAAGAUGAACAUCCGUGCCUACGUCAGUGCCCAGAUGGGUGUGCCGGGAAAGACUGUCGGUGUGAUGUUCACCCCCCUGAGUGUGAAAUACAAGUAUUACGACACAGAGAGGAUAGGUGUUGACCUUCUCCAGAGAACGAGAGAUGCUCCUAACACCACCAAUGGGCUGACCUCUGACCUCUGCCAGGUGGGCGGGGCAGCAGGCCGCGUUCAGGACAUGCUGGCCACUGUACUGACCUACAUUGAGGAUGUGUUGUCUGGUAAGCAGACGGCAGAUAACAGUGUUGGACGGUACCUGAUGGAUCUGGUCAACAAGGUUCCUAAGAUCACAGCAGAGGACUUUGAGACCAUGCUCAACUCCAACAUCAAUGACCUGUUGAUGGUGACCUAUCUAUCUAACCUGACUCAAGCACAGAUCGCCCUGAAUGAGAAGAUCGUGGUACUCUGAGCAUUGAGGGAUCAGGAUAGUUUAAAUCAAAAUCAAAUCACAUUUUAUUUGUCACAACACAUGUUUAGCAGAUAUUAUUGCGGAUGUAGCGAAAUGCUUGUGUUUCUAGCUCCCAACAGUGCAGUAUAUCUAACAAUUCGGUUAGAUAUAACAAUUUAGUUCUUAAUAAAGAGUGAUGGAUAUUGAAUUUUUUGGUAUACGUCUUUAGCUCAAAUGAAUAAAGGUGAUAUACAGUAAA